AUGAUCGCAGCAAACAUUCCAUCCCUCCCACCAGGAGAUUCACCAGACCUGAUCCUUGUCCCUGCUACCCCGGAAGAACGAAUCGCCUCAAUUAAACUCAACAGCAUCGCAUGGAAAGGUCCAUUGGAUAUCGACACCUACAUUAAACGCGAGGACCACCUACUCUCGCAAAAGCUGACUCGAAAUGGCCUGACAUGCUGGAUCCUAGUGGAUAAGUCCGAGCCCGAGGGCGAGCGCACUAUUCUCAGCUCAUGCGAGACAUACCAGAAGAAAGCACUUCUAGCACACAGCGGAAAUGUGGAGGAUGUCUCUACGCACGGGAUUGGGAGUGUCUACUGUAGACCCGAAUUCCGAGGAAAGGGGUACGCGAAGCGGAUGCUGGAGGACUUGAGCGUGAAGCUUGAUACAUGGAAAAUGGAGAAGGAGACCAGAGGUCGAUCCCUAUUUACGGUUCUAUUCUCGGACAUUGGAAAGAAUUUCUAUGCGCAGUUUGGUUGGAUGCCGUUUUUAUCUUCGCAUAUUGAUUUGCCGCCGCUUGCGAAGCAACGACUUUCUAAUGGGGCUGCGGCUAAGGAGAAUGAGACAAGAAACCUACUUGCGCAAGACGUACAGAUGUGCAUUUGUAACGAGGUGGUCAUUAACAAGUUGCGGGAUCGCUUGCGUGAUGCUUCGUUGUCUUCGACUGGUAGUAAGAUUGCUAUCAUGCCUGAUUUUGACCACUUCGUGUGGCACUGGGCUCGUGAGGAGUUCUUCGCAGAGAGACUUAUGCCGCAGCACUCUCCGCCUGUGAUCAAGGGUGCUGGAAAUGAUCAGGCUCGUGUGUACUGUUCGUGGACCAGAAACUUUGGCGAGGAACCCGAGGAUAACGUUUUAUACAUUCUGCGGUGGGUAUAUGAUGAUCCUACUUCUGCGGAGGAAGAAAAGAAUGUGGUCGAGGCAAUGGCUGCUAUUUUGCGACGGGCUCAACAGGAGGCGGAUGAAUGGAAGCUGAGCAAAGUCGAGUUCUGGAAUCCGACACCAUUGCUGCAGAAGGCCGUUGCUAUGCUGGAUUCAGACGCCCGUGUUGUGCAUCGCGAGAAGAGCAGCAUUUCUAGUCUGCGCUGGACUGGUGCGGAGCAAGGGCUCGGCAAUGAUGUGGAGUGGUUCUUGAAUGAGAAGUAUACCUGGUGUUGA